AACGGCCCCUCGCUGGGCCCCUUCCCCGAGGUGAAGGCGCCUGUGUGCCAGUACUCGGUGCAGAACUCCUUCUACAAGCUCAACCCCCCAGCCCUCGGCGCCCAGCUGGCGGCUGGCACGCCCCACGGCAUCACUGACAUUCUGAGCCGGCCGGUGCCGGCGCCCAGCGGCAGCCUCCUCUCGGGCUACCCGCAUGUGGGAGGAUUUAACGGACUGGGCUCCCAGGGUGUCUACUAUGGCCCCCAGGCUGGGAGCUUCGCCAAGGCAGGUGCCGAGUACCCGCCCCGGGGCCGUAGCUGCUGGGCAGACACCGGGCAGGACUGGCGCGGCGGCCGGCAGUGUGGCAGCACCCCCGUGCACCUGACAGACAGCGUCCACAAGAAAAAGCACACGCGCCCCACCUUCACCGGCCACCAGAUCUUCGCCCUGGAGAAGACCUUUGAGCAGACCAAGUACCUGGCGGGGCCCGAGCGGGCGCGGCUGGCCUACUCCCUUGGCAUGACCGAGUCCCAGGUGAAGGUGUGGUUCCAGAACCGCCGCACCAAGUGGCGCAAGAAGAGCGCGCUGGAGCCCUCAUCGUCAUCGCAGCUGCAGCCGCAGCGGGCUGGCGGCGGGGAGCACGGUGCCUCUGAGCCCGAGGACGAUGAGUACAACAAGCCACUGGACCCCGACUCAGACGACGAGAAGAUCCGCCUGCUGCUGCGCAAGCACCGCGCCGCCUUCUCAGUGCUGGGUCUGGGUGCCCACAGCGGCUGAGCCUGCCACCAGCCCUCACUUCGACCAGAAGCUGCCGGGGUGGGGGGAUGCGUGGGAGGCAGAGCCCAUGCCUAUGUCCUCAGGGCUGGGCUGCCCAUGUAGUGUUGCCGGAUGGCCAGCCCGGCCCAGCUGCAGGGUGCGGCAGCCAGAAGCGCAGGGGCAGGGGCUCUGCUCCCCGCGAGCUCUGCACCGACGGGGGGGGGCAAGCCGUGCCUCAGCAUGUCUCGGGGCAGCCAGCCGUCAGCAUUGAUGAAAUAAAGGUCCCAGCCAGGCGUCCGGGUGGUGAUUCCGUGGGGCCCGGUGUAGCUCGCAGCUCGCGGCAGGGGCUGCAGCCAGGAGGGCUGGCGCUGCCCAGGGAGGGGGCACAGGGCCAGCUCUGCUUCAGCAGGCUGCACGGGGGAGCAGGGUGCAGCGCAGCCGCUUGGGGCUCCUGAGGUCCCUGCUCGUUGCCGGCGCUGGGAGAAGGGUGGAGGAGCAGGGCUGCGGGAAGCUCCAGAGGUCACAGCUGGUCCCGCCCCGGCAAGGCCAGGCCAGCCCCUGCCCGGACUGUCCCGUAUAACUCCUCCGUGCAACAAAACCGUACAGCCAGCCCUGAUGCAGCUUCAGACUCGGGCAGCGCUAGACCAUGGUAGCCACAUCCUGCUGCUGCGAGGUGUUAAAAUCUGCUCCAAAGAUCCAAAAUCAGUGGGGCCGAGAGGCUGCAGAUUGCACUUCAGAGCCAAGCAGGGCCCAGAAGGCAGUACUGCCGUGGCAAAGCUCACAGCCCCGACGCUGCAGGCAGCUCCUGGCACGGGCACUUGCACGGGGUUGGGGGGCCCCUUCUUUUUUUGCCUGUGCCUGGAGUUUGCACUGGGGCGUUGCCUUCCUCGCUCCUCAUUAACCUGGAGCUGACCUCUGUCCCUGGAGCUGCCACGCUGCAGGCCGUCGCGCGCCCCUGCUUCCACCCACCCACGGCUCAGCACCCGGGCGCUGGGGCCUGGCGAGUGGAAUGUGUUGCUAGGGUACCAAGGAAUGCCCCUUGCCACCCCCGCCCAUGCCAGUCCAGAGCUUGUCCCUGCCCUGGGGUGUGGGCCCCAGCCCCUAAGACUAGGGUGUAGGCCAGGCAUGGGGCUGCUGUGGCUGCCCCUGCCCCCCCGCAAACGUGGCAGGUGGACAGUGCUCCCGUCAUCCAGCCCCAGGCCCUGUGCUGCACCACAGUAGGGUGCAGGAUAAAGCCCCAUGGGGCAGGCUGCCCUGUUCCUCCUAGCACCAAGGAGCCCCUGAGCCCAUAGCAGCUGGAGCCCUGGGAGCAAGAA